GUGACAACGACAAAUUAGCUUUACCUAUUGUAAACAGCUGAUUGUGAAAAAUCAUGUUUGCAUUUUAAUUUUUUUAAAUUUGAAAUAUGCAUACAAAUGAUGCUUUGCCUAUAGUUUUAAUAAGCGCAAAAAAUAUUGCGUCUGUCCAUAAAGUAGUAUCUGCACUUAUCGAGAACGAAGUAUGUUCAAGCGCUAACAGUCUGAACGGCGAGGAGUGGAUGUGGCAUAUAGUGAAUAAAUACUAUCGUGCGGAUGUAAGAGUUCUACCGUUUGUGGACGGUGAGACGCCCUCUACACAUCUUUCUGAUCUCGUCGAAGCUCAUGUCAUUUAUUUAAAUGAUGACGAGAAUGAGGAGUGCGCAGAAUAUAGAUUUAUUCAUGUGGGAGAUCAUUCACGAGUAUCCCAAGUCCGACUCGUGCUAUCGGAAAAGCCAGAGAGUCCCGCACUCGCGGCGUGGGCCACGCGUCGCCGCUACGAACUAGUUCCCCUGCAGAUGCAUUCCGAUUCAGAAGAUGAGAACGAUGACGACAUACGGGGUAUACCGCGCGCCCGCGCUGCGAUACACGCCCACACCUGGCGAGGUCUAGUUCGCUUGGAUAAACCCAAUGCCCCUCUGCCUGCAACUGAAGAUACAUUGGAGUCAGACGGCGAGAGCUGCGACUCGUGGGGCUCGUGGCAGGGCGAGGGCGCUGGUGAGAGCCCGGGCGGGGACGCGGCGCAGGGCGCGGGCGCGGAGGUGUUCGCAAGCAUGCUGAGCACGCUGGCGGCGGAGCGCGCGGCGCUGGCGGCGCUGGCGGACAGCGAGCGCCGGCGCCGCGCCGAGGCGUUGCUCUGCGCCUUCACUGCCGCGCUCGCGCCGCCUCGCCGGAAUUAGUCUUCAUAUUUUUUGUGAAAUUAUACUUAAUAUUUUUCGUUUCUUUUAGUCCAUUUCAACCAAUUUUGCAUUCCUUUGUGUAAAAGGCGAAAUAUCAAAUACACACACAACAAAAUCAAGACAUAUUCAUUAUAUUUAAAUAAUUGUCUAAAAAUGUAUAGAGUUCUCUGAUUAGUGAAUAGAGGAAUUAUAGCUUAUUUUAAGGUCUUAAAUAAAAACAUUUAGAGAUAUUUUUUUCUCGUAUUAAUUUAGAACUCAAAUUCUUAAAACUAGAGCAGACAAGGUCAUGAAAAUUUUUCACAGCAAUUGUAUUAUGUUGAAAUUUCAUUGCGUAUCAAUCCCCGUAAUUUUCCAUCAUUUAUUAAAAAUAACAUAAAAAAUGCUGUUAGAACUUCGAUCACUGUCGCCAGAUGGCGAUUCUAUGCGAAGCUAGAGCACGCUAGUAAAGUUCUCAACAAUAUAUGUAUAAGCUAUCUUGUACAAAGGGUUGGUAUCCAGUAACCAGUACAUCCAGUACAUCCAGUAGUCAACAAAAUACAGUGUUAGUUAAGCAGUGUUAUAAUAUAGUGUAGUAAAAGUGUACAGUGCAAAUCGGGAAGAAUAAAUCGUUGGAAAGUAAA